GCUGUGGCUCGGAGGGAGAUCGGAGCUCAGGUCAGUGUCUUUGUGGAUCUGCGCCAUGUGGAGCUCUCUGCUGUGCGUCGUGCUCCUGGCGGCCGGGGCCGCGUCCUUCGACAAACUCUCCAACUCCAAGCGCUGCGCGGACCCCGAGUGCAGCUACGCCAUCUCCGUGGGCGAGGUGGUCACCGACCACGAGGCUUCGGACUGUCGCUUUCUGAACCUCAAGGCUCGCCAGGUGGUGUUCGUCUUCUCCAAGCUCAAGCCUGCGCAGCCCGGGGCCCCCGAGUACUGGGCCGGCAGCGUGUACAAUGACCAGUACGCGGACUACGCGGCGCCCCUCGGCUACUUUCCCAGCAAAGUGAUCAACGAGACGCGGGUCUUCCACAAGAUCCGUCACGAGUACUCCACCAACGAAAACGACUUCGCCUGCGAUGAGGCGUGAGCGGGGCCGCGGGAGUGGCCCCCUUCGCGGAGGGCGAGGACUCGAGCUGGAUAUGAAGCAGCGUUCUCCCGCGUGAUCUCCCGCGUGCACACCGCAGUGUUUAUACCGACGACACGUGUAGACCGUGCGCAUGUAAUCCCACGUGUUAGUAGUAGUGGUGACUCAAUAAAGACGUCGAGAAAUCCAUCCUC